AUGUCUGUGUGGCCGGUUCUUGGCGCGUCUCUGGCGUCGCUGUGUGCGGGGCUGCUGGCAUUCGGUGUCUGGCUGUGGGCCAGCCGGCAGCGGACGUCGGCGCCGGGUCCUCCCACUCUGCCCUUACUCGGAAACGUGCUACACUUCUACAAGCAGCCCGUCCUCUUGGACCGCUUUCGAGAACUGCACAAACGAUAUGGAGACGUAUUCAGGUUAUAUUUGGGACCGAAGUUGGCCAUUGCGGUGAUGCAGCCAGAGGAUCUUAAGCAAGUACUGAUAACCAGUAAGGAGCACCAACGUGACCCGUAUAUCUUGAGAUCAGUGCCGUUUCUCAUCGGCAAUGGACUGAUCACCAACAACAAAGAAACAUGGAAAAGACACAGGAAGCUGCUUGAACCAGCGUUUCACUUCGAGGCAUUGGAGAAAUAUAUGGACACAUUCAACGAAGAAGGACACUUACUUUGCCAAAAUCUGAUGGCAACGGGUGGUGCAGAGGUGGACGUGUAUCCAAUCAUGAGCCUAAGCGCGAUGCGCAUUAUUCUGUCUACCAUUGGCGGCCUGGAGAUGGAUCGUCUAGAACCAGAUCCAAGCAAACAAGUUGAGCUAGUCGCCAUCAUCUUUAAAGGUUUGAAAACAGCGGCGAAACUAAUAUUUCAACCGUGGAAAGCCUUUCAUUGUGCUCUGUGGAUGUCUCCGGAAGGUCGGGAAGUGAGAAGAGUGAACAAGAUUUGCAGGAACUUUACUGAAAAGUACCUCAACUGUCUAAGAGAUGAUGUUACUAGCAUUAAGGCGAAGGAACGAACUUAUUUGUCCGGUCUAUAUUCAGAAGUGCAUUCAGAGAAGAUAGCGACAGAAGACUUCAUGCGCGAUGAAGCAGCGACAAUAGCAGUGUCUGGCACUGAGUCGACGGCCGGUGCCCUGUCCUACGCGCUGGCUCUGCUCGGGCUGUACCCUGAGUGGCAGGAGAUGGCGCAGCGGCAGCUCGACCAAGUUUUCGGUGGUGGUGGCGAUUUCCUGCGGCCGGUCACUAAAGCAGACCUGUCCCAGCUAACCGUGAUUGACGCCAUUUUGAAGGAGACGCUGCGGCUGUUCCCUCCAGCUCCCAUAAUACCACGCCUCGUAAGCGAGGACAUUCCAUUAGCAGGUGGCCGUUACGUAGCACCUCGUGGCUGCUGUGUCUUUUUGGCCUUCUUCCUGACACACCGGCAUCCAGAGCUGUUCCCAGAUCCCGACAAGUUUGAUCCGGGUCGCUUCCUUCCGGGUGGCAGUGCAGCUUCCCGGAGGUCCUGCAGCUACCUUCCGUUCAGUACUGGUCCACGAGGAUGCGUGGGAGGCCCCUACGCUACUAUGGAAAUUAAAACUUUGCUAGCAACGCUGUUGCGCCGGCUUCGUAUAAUUCCUGGAUCCAGCAGAGAAGAACUAGAAACUGUCUUACUUUCUAUAACCAGCCAUCCCCUCACAGGUUACAGAGUAUCAUGUAUUCCUCGGGAAAUACAGUCCUUUAAGUAAUUGCUGAGGAAACAACUGCAGUUGU